AUGCUUGCUCAGAGGUUGUCUCGCCGCGCUGCUGCGGCAGCCCCGCGCGCCGGCGUACGAGCUCUGGCUACGACAUCUUCGAUGCAAGUUCGAACACCGUCGAUGGGCGACAUCAACCCUUCCCCGGCCUCGAUCGAGCAGUUCAACGAGAAGCAGAGAGCGUUCAGAGAGCAUCUGGCGGAAGCACAAAGGGAAAGGGGAGCUCGUGCGUUUGGAUCCCAGAAAUUUCCUGACUCCGACACUCCUAACCAAAGCUCAUCUCAAACUGCUGCAGGAGCUACAGCCGAGGCGACCAGCAACGAGCCUGAUCGCAAACAAGGACCACUGACAAAUCUCAUCUACGGUACGAAAGAAGGCAGAGAAAUGGAAGCUCAGAUGGAGGCCAGCUUUAGUCAGGUCCUGGCUAGAGGCAAAUAUGUCCACUCCAUUGUGUUCCACGAAGUCAAGCCCGACAAAGUAGACGAGUAUAUCCAGCUCACGGGAGAGUUUUACCCCAAAAUGGCCAACACGCCCGAGAACAAGGUUCACCUGGUUGGAAGCUGGAGAACAGAGGUUGGCGACUGUGACACCUUUGUUCAUAUUUGGGAGUACCAGCGAUACGAGGGUUACCACGAAUCUCGACACUCCAUCUCUCACCAUCCUGAGUUCAAGGAUUUCAACACGAAGCUCAGCAAAUUGAUCAAUUCUAAGAAAAUCUCUCUGAUGCAAGAAUUCUCCUUCUGGCCUACAACUCCCCCACGUGAGCUGGGAGGUGUUUUCGAGCUUCGUUCAUACACUCUUCAUCCCGGUAACCUGCUGGAGUGGGAGACUCACUGGAGGAGGGGACUCAAGGCUCGAAGAGAGGUUAUGGAGGGCGUUGGCGCCUGGUUCGUCCAGAUUGGCGAGCUGAACACAGUCCACCACCUCUGGCAGUUUGCCAACCUGGAAGAGCGACGGGCACGCCGAGAGAAGAGUUGGUCUGUUGAAGGCUGGAGUGACACGGUGCACAAGACAGUGCCUCUGAUCCAGUCCAUGCAGUCGAGGAUCCUGAUCCCCAUGCCCUGGUCGCCUGUACAGUAA